AAAAUCAAAUUUCAUUUAAAAAAAGGAAAAGUCUUACAAUUUAAAGCGCCUAAAAGUACACUUUACUUAAUUUCAUCAAGGCUUAAGGAUAAUUUUUUAAUUGAGCCUGGCAUCUUCCUUCUUGCAUCUUUCAUCCUUCAACACGACGACUUCUUAGAAGAUGCCAGCGGAAGUUAAACCAUCCGCGCCAGCUGAGCCGGAAACACCAACCAAGAGCAAAUCGAAGAGCAGCUCAUCAACAUUCUCGAAGGCGGCUCUGGCUCGUGUAACUCUGCUCGAUGGCUCCAUUUUGGAUGUGACCAUUGAUCGCAAGGCAAAGGGUCGUGAUCUGGUCAAUUCAAUUUGUGCCGGUCUAAAUAUCAUUGAGAAGGACUAUUUCGGUUUGACAUAUGACACGCCCACAGAUCCGCGUACCUGGUUGGAUUUGGAUAAACCGGUGGCCAAGUUCUUUCGCACAGAUCCCUGGCCAUUGUCAUUUGCGGUGAAAUUCUAUCCUCCAGAGCCAUCUCAGCUGCAAGAGGAUAUAACCCGAUAUCAUUUGUGUCUGCAAGUUCGCAAUGAUAUACUGGAGGAACGUUUGCCCUGCACUUUUGUUACCCAUGCUCUGUUGGGCUCCUAUUUGGUUCAAUCCGAGAUGGGUGACUAUGAUCCCAAGGAGAUGCCCAAUCGCAGUUAUUUGAAGGAUUUUAAAAUUGCCCCAAAUCAGGCACCAGAGUUGGAGGAGAAGGUCAUGGAUUUACACAAGACCCACAAAGGCCAAUCCCCCGCCGAGGCUGAACUACACUAUCUGGAGAAUGCCAAGAAAUUGGCCAUGUAUGGCGUUGAUUUGCAUAAAGCCAAGGACUCCGAGGGUGUAGACAUUAUGCUGGGCGUUUGUGCCUCCGGUCUGUUGGUCUAUCGCGAUAAAUUACGCAUCAAUCGUUUCGCUUGGCCAAAGAUCUUAAAGAUCUCGUAUAAGCGUCAUCAUUUCUAUAUCAAGAUACGACCAGGAGAAUUCGAGCAAUACGAAUCUACCAUUGGUUUUAAGCUUGCCAAUCAUCGUGCCGCCAAAAAGCUAUGGAAAUCCUGUGUGGAACAUCACACAUUCUUCCGUUUGAUGACCCCGGAGCCGGAUACCAAAUCGACGCUAUUUCCACGUUUUGGUUCGAAAUAUCGUUACAAGGGACGCACUCAAUACGAGAGUCGUGCCACUCCGGUGGAUCGUACUGCACCCAAAUUUGAUCGUACACUAUCUGGGGCACGUCUAUCAUCGCGAAGCAUGGAUGUUUUAGCCUUGGCCGAAAAGGAGAAGGUGGCACGUAAGAGUAGCACUUUGGAUCAUCGGGGUGAUCGUAAUGCUGGCGAUGCCGAUGCCCAUAGUCGCAGUCCCAUUAAGAAGGACAAAAAGGAUAAGUUCCUUUUUGAUAUGGAUGAGGAAAAGGAAGCCAAAUUGCGCGAGAAGAAACUCAAGGAAAAGGAGGAGAAAGAGCGCAAAGAGCGUGAGAAACGUGAAUUGGAAGAGAAGAAGAAAGCCGAAAAGGCAGCCAAGGCAGCAGCAGCAGCCGCUGCCGGCGCCGCAGCAGCAGCAGGCUCUGGGGUCAAUGGCAACGAUGAACUUAAUGACUCGAAUAAGUCGGACAAAUCGGGCAGACGUGGCGUUGGUAUAUUCUCGUCGGGACGUAAGAGCAAGAGCGGUUCACCAUCUAAAGAUAAGGAUGGCAAAGAUAAAUCAUCCGGCAAGGAUAAAUCUAAGGAUAAGGAAGUGGGUCGUCUUGGUCUUGUUGUGACAACAGGAGAAGGGGAUGAGGCCAAUAGGAAACAACAAGAACAGGAUGAGGCCAAUAAGAAACAACAACAACGUGGCUCUACCACACCGGGUGUAACCCGUCCAUAUGAAUAUGCGGCAGAUGCCGAUGGCAAUGCCAGUCCAACACGCAAAUCAUAUACACCUGGUGGCUUCCGUUACGAUCAGGAUCCAAAUGGUGCCAGACAAUUGGGUGCCGAUGGUCAGGAGCAAUUGUCACCGACUUCACAGCAGAAGAAAAUCGGAUUGGCCUUCAAUUAUGCUCCGGGCAAUGAAAAUGCUUUGAAGGAGACGGCCGAGAAACUAAAGGCAGGACAAUUAUCGCCACGCACUCAGGAUAAACUGAAUCGUGGUCAAUUGUCACCGAAAUCGAGAGCCAAACUCUUGCAAGAUGGCCAAUUGUCUCCGACCACCAGAGCUAAGCUCCAGGGAAGUGCUGUAGAUGCAGCCGCCAGUCCAUUAACCGAUAAACGAUCCUAUUCACCUACAAAGGGACCUGGACAAGGUUAUUCCUCGGGUGCUCCGGGCAGCUAUAAGCCAUUAGCGGAUCCUACAUCCGAUUUCCUCGAGUCUCAGCGUUAUAACAAAGAGCCAGGCUAUGUGGGACCGUCUAAAGAUGGCGCUGCAGCGGGUGGAGCUCCAGGCAAGCUUGCUGCCGGUGCUGGUGCAGGAGCUGCAGCUGCUGCUGCUGCCGCUGCCGCCGCCGCUGCCAAGCCCAAGAAGAAGCGUGUCAAGAUUAUGGUAAUAACCUCCAAAUACGAUCCGUCCACAAAGCGUGUUGAUGCCGAAAAUGGAAGCAUUGAGCACUCCACAGGCAUUUUGGAUCCAGCAACUGGACAAAUUGAUACCAAAUACGGUCUGAUCGAUCCCAAGAAGGGCACCUUGGAGGCUCUCAAUACGAAAACUGGCAAGAAAGAGCUCUAUCAGGGCGAUGUUGAUACGAAAACGGGUAAUAUUCAUUUGGUUUCUGGUGUGGCUGAUCCCAAGACGGGACGUCUGGAUGACUCUUUGGGUCAGAUUGUGUGCAUUACACCGCAGGACAACCCAGUGGUUGAGCUAACAGUUAUCACAAGUCGCAUUGAUCCAGCAACGGGUAAGAUUGAUACCGUCAAUGGUGAAGUGGAACGCUCUUUGGGCGUUUUGAAUUUGGAUACUGGCCUACUGGAUACCAAAUAUGGUGAGAUCAAUACACGCAAGGGUGAACUAAAGUCCAUUGAUCCGAAAUCUGGUAAAAUUGUGGUCACCAAGAAUGUUCAAGUUAAUCCAAGCACUGGACAGAUUACCAUUUUGGGUGUGGUCGAUCCCAAGACUAACAAAUUGGAUCCCAAUCAGGGCCGCCUAAUUGAGGUGGGUCAACAGAUUGAUCCAAUUGUGGAGGUUACCUCACUGGCUGGCAAAUAUGAUUCCAAGAAGAAUAUCAUUGAUCCCAAGACGGCUCAGGUGGAGACCUCUGGUGGACAAUUUGAUCCAAAGGGUGGCAAGAUUGAUACCAAAUAUGGACAGAUUGAUUUGGUGAAGCAUACAAUCACUUUCAAUGAUCCCAAAUCGGGUAAGACGGUGACCCGUGAUAUUAAGAUUGAACCAACAACUGGCCAAAUUCUGCUCAAGAAUCAAAUCAACCCCAAGAAUAAUAAACCCGAUAAGGAUUAUGCUCGUAUUAUAUCGUUGCGCAUUGUCCAACAACGUGUGGAUCCAACGACAAAGUCACCGAUUUCACAGGUCAGCGCCGCCAAGGAUAAGGACAUUAUUGUGGAUCCGAAAUCCAACCAGAUUUGGGUACCCACUGGUGCCAGUGAUCCAACCACCAACGAACAACAAUUCAUUUCGAGCAGUGUCGACCCGAAGACAGGUUAUGUCAUCACCAUUUAUGGUUACCUCGAUCCCAAGACCAAUGAGAUCAAGAAACAGACCAAACUUGAUCCCAAUACCAUCAAGAUUGAUCCCACUUCCGGUAAAAUCUAUACUGCCACUGGUGAAUUGGAGAAGGGUGAACCAUUGUAUGCCACCACUCAUGUGGAUCCCGAAUCGGGUGAGGUCUACACGAAAUUGGCUCGCGUUGAUCCCAAAACAGGCAAAAUUAUUAUUGUUCGUAUUCUGCUCAUCUCGAAAACGGAUGAACGUGGCCGUCCUGAAGAGGUUAAUCCCGAUGAAUGUGAAAUUGAUCCCGCCUCUGGUCGGGUGCUUAAAUUUUUCAAUAAAACCGUUUAUGUAUACAAUAUGAUUGAUCCUGUGACUGGUGAAACUAUACAGGUUGAUCCCAAUGAUCCGCGUUUCGCUGGAGCCCGCACCACAGUGACCCACACGAUGACCCUGACGGGAGAGAUUGACCCAGUGACGGGACGCAUUAAGAGUGAAUAUGGUGACAUUGAUCCAAAUACAGGAGAUAUUGAUCCAGCAACGGCAGUAACUGAUCCUGUUACCGGCAAAUUGAUCCUAAACUAUGCCCAAAUCGAUCCAUCGCACUUUGGCAAACAAUCGCAGGUACAAACGACAACGGAAACGGUGCCCAUCACACGACAACAGUUCUUCGAUGGUGUCAAACACAUUGGCAAGGGUGCUCUGCGACGUGAUAGUGAUGCCAGUUCCGAGGAUGAUAUGGCCCAGCAAUAUGAUCAGGAUCAGAUUAAGGAUAUCGUUUUGAGUAGCGCAAAUCAAGCAGACAUCAGUCAAUCAUCCAAAUCGGGCAAGGGAACACCCACUGUGGUCAAGACCACGACCAAACAGGUGCUGACCAAGAAUAAUGAUGGCGUCACCCAUAAUGUUGAGGAAGAAAUACGAAAUUUGGGCACAGGAGAGGUGACCUAUUCGACGCAGGAACACAAGGCUGAUCCAACACCCACCGAUUUGAGCGGAGCUUAUGUCACGGCCACCGCUGUAACCACCCGCACAGCCACAACGCACGAGGAUCUGGGCAAGAAUGCCAAGACCGAACAACUGGAAGAGAAAACCGUAGCCACCACCCGCACUCAUGAUCCCAACAAGCAGCAACAACGUGUUGUCACCCAAGAGGUCAAGACCACGGCGACUGUAACGAGCGGUGAUCAGUAUCAGAGACGGGAUAGUGUUUCGUCGACCAGUUCAGGCGAUUCGGGUACACCAAUCGAUGGACCAUACUCAGUUGGUUCCACUGUGGUGCGCACAGACAAUCAGAAAUCUCCGCUAUUGACAAGCUCCACUGGUGCUACACACCCAACUGGACCGCAUGUUGAAAGUACUCGAGUGGUUCUUGGUGAAGAUGCACCUGGUUAUUCGGGACAAGGUGAAAUUAUCUCGACACAAACCGUUAGCAGUAAAACGCGCACUGUGGAAACCAUAACCUACAAAACCGAGCGCGAUGGCAUUGUUGAGACACGUGUGGAGCAAAAGAUUACAAUUCAAUCCGAUGGCGAUCCAAUCGAUCAUGACAAAGCCUUGGCUGAGGCAAUCCAGGAAGCGACGGCCAUGAAUCCAGACAUGACAGUCGAGAAGAUUGAAAUUCAACAGCAAACGCAGUAGAAGUCGUUUUUUUAUAUAUAAAUUAUUGAAUACAAGAAAAAUAAGAGAAACAAUCUACACACACAAUUCACAACCAUGCACACAAUUAUCUACCCACACUUACACACACUCACACUCACGCACACACACACAAAAACACACACACUCACCUGCCGCAAUAAUAAGUACACUUUUUAUAUUAUAACAAAAGAAAAAAACAUACAAACAAACCAAUCGAGCCAAUAAGUAAGGAGCCACCCACAUGACAAACUGAAAUAAUGCUAAAAAUGAAAAAGAAAACAAAACAGAAAUCCUUUUGGGAAAUGUAAUUGCAUCCAUUUAUAUAUAUAAAUAAACAUUGAAUGUGUUUUAUUAUUUUUUAUAUUUACAAAAAAAAAAAACAAAACAAAGAAAAAAAAACUGUUGUUUAUAAUAUUACUUUUUAUUAUUACCAUAUAAAGUAUAUAUAAAUAUAUAUUGAAUGUGCAAAUUGAAAUAAAAGUUCUAUAUAUUAUCUGUAAACCACAAUUGCAUUACAAUUACGACAAGAAUAAAAACCUAAAUGUACACAGAAA